AUGUCAUUAAAGACCGAAAGCAUAAUGAAGGCAUCACCAGUUAAUAUUCAAACUCUUAUAAAUCUAAUUCCUAUAUUCGACACAAACAAUCACGAUGAAAUUUACGGUUACAUUAGGUCCUGUGAUACUGUGUUUAAACUGUCAUCUCCGUUUGAACGGGAGACUUUGUUAACUUGUGCUCUAAAUAAUAUUAAAGGCAUCGCGGCCUCAGAAGUUCGGUGUAAAACUUACGAGACGUGGGAUGAAUUAAAGAGAUUUCUUAUUGAGAGAUUCGCGAAUACCAAGACAAUUCAACAUUUGAAUUUAGAACUUCAAUCGAUUUUCCAGAGACAUGAUGAGUCCUUAACCCAAUUCUAUCAUAGAGUAGAUCUUUGUCGUUGCAAAAUCUUAGAAAAACUACACUCAGAAAUUUGCGAUUCAACAUUAGACGGACGUGUAGCAACCACCGAGGAAACCGCCUUAAGCAUAUUCCUCAACGGUCUCUCUACAGACAUGGGUAUAAUGCUCAGAACAAAAGGUUUCGAUACCUUGAGAGAAGCAGGUCGUUUUGCAAUGCAAGAAGAUCAAAUUAGGGCUAUGAACAAAGCUAGGCAAUCUUUAUUUAGACCAGUUGCAACUCCUAGGCCAGCAAUUAGGAGUAAUGCAUAUCAAAAUAAUUACCAAUCUAUUCGAAACCCAAAUAUUCCAUUCAGGCCUCCUAAUCCUAGAUUUUCUCCAAAGACAUGUGCUUAUUGUAAAAAUAUUGGGCAUUCAAUAAACGAAUGUCGCAAGAGAGCAUACAACGAGCAAAAUAAACAACGCGCUCUCCCUGCACCAAUCCGCCAUUUAAACUUAGAAGCGACCAACGAAAUGAGCGACCCGUUGGAAAUCGCUACCAGCUCUUACUCGAUGAACCCAGCUCUUUAG